AUGGGCGGCACUGUUUUGGAUAAUCCUACUCUUCAUCGACAGUUAGUUGGAGGUCUCGUCUGCUUGACUGUCACAUGCCCAGACAUCGCCUAUCCAGUUCAUGUUCUUAGCCAGUUCUUGUCAGCUCCUCGUACUACUCACUAUGCAGCCGCAUACUCAGAUGCUGAUUGGGCUGGUGAUCCCAUUGAUCGUCAUUCUACUAUUGAUUAUUGUUUGUUUCUUGGUGACUCUCUCAUUUUCUGGCGAGCCAAGAAGCAAACAUUCACUGCUCGCUCAAGCACAAAAGGUGAAUACCGUGAUCUCGCUAACAUGACUGCUGAGGUUGUCUCGAUUCGUUGGCUUCUCGAAGAUUUGGGUGCUCCUCAGUCGUCCCUGACUGAUAUUUUUUGUGACAACCGCAGUGCUAUUCAGAUUGCCCAUAAUGAUGUUUUCAUGAAUGCACCAAACACAUUGAGAUUGAUUGUCACUUUAUUCGGCAACAUCUAUUUAUUGAUGCUGUUCAUCUCAUAG